AUGCCUCCCCGUCGUCGCGGUCCCCGGCCAAAGAUCUCUUUCUGGGCUCGUUUCCUGGCAUGGGUUCGCGCAUGGCACUCUCCCCUCCGACUACGCAGUAGUCUCAUCCGACUCGGUCACAAUCACAAAUAUCCGUUGCUCGCCCUCCUGCGCCUGUUCGUGCCGUAUCCCUCGUGGUCCUUCCCGGUUCCUGGUCCAUUUCCCCUCCGCGCACUCAUCGAAGACAAGAAAAACGAGACGGGUAUCAUUCGCUCUCACUUUGGCGACAUCCAUAACCUCCGCGCCAUCCCGAUCUGGCGUCUACGCGACACACCGCUCCGAUCCGUCUACCGUCUCUACGAACUUCACCUCUCCGACUCUUAUGAGCUUAUAGGGUGGGAAACCGAAUACUUCUUUUUUCAAUCCAAUUGGAAGAUACGAGAUAUACCAGAUCCGUCAGAUCCCGACCCGCUUCGUUAUUCUAUCCUCGCGUCCAUCGUCGAAGAAUUGCAUGAGGCUGUCAAUUGGAGACUUUCCUUGGGCCUGCGGCGGAAUCGCCAGCAUGUCUACCGCGAGAAGAACAGCGACCCAUUGCCGACCUUUAUUCCCGAGGAACUUCCGCCGUGGACAAGAAAUGUAAGUCCUCUUCAUAAAGGUCUCCUCAAGGUAUCAGUGCCCCCUGAAGUGCUCGAUGCGGAGGGAAAUUUGGUUCUUGAAGUGGGCGGGAAAAGUCUCAACUUUGCUCGUCGUAAUAUCGUGACGAAUGCGGGAUGGUUCUACACGAUCUAA